UGUAUCUGCUGGUUCAGAGUGUCUGGAACAAAGGAUGUGUCCCACACUGUCCCAGACACCAUCACCACCUGGGAGACGGAGGCUUUCUGUUUGUCCCCUCAGGGGUUUGGCUUGGCUCCUCGUAAAGAGAUCAAUGUCUUCCAGCCCUUCUUCCUGGAGCUCAGCCUGCCUUACUCCAUCAUCCGGGGGGAGCGCUUUGAACUGAAGGCAACCACCUUCAACUACCUGUCCAGCUGCAUCAUGGUCACUGUGACUCCAGCACCCUCUUUAGACUACACCCUCACUCCGCUCUCUGGUGACCAGUACACAUCCUGUUUGUGUGGCAGUGAGCGCAAAACCCUCAGCUGGACCAUGGCCCCCUCAGUCUUGGGGGUUGUGAAUGUGUCUGUGACUGCAAAGGCUGUGGCAUCCCGCGCUUUAUGUGACAAUAAGAUUGUGAGUGUUCCAGUGAGAGGACGUAUCGACGUGGUCACACGAUCUCUCAUAGUAAAGGCUGAGGGAACUGAGAUCACCAAGACCUACAACUUUCUGCUCUGCCCAAAAGGGAAAGCUGUGACCGAGCAAAUGCAAAUAACACUCCCUAAGAACAUGAUUGAUGGAUCUGCCCGUGCUUCACUAUCAGUCCUGGGUAAGAUUCAUUUUAACUUUUGCUUUAUACUAACACAUUUUGGUAAGUUAACAGGCUUCCCUGCCCUGAAGCCUCAAAGGCAUCAAUAACAAAAUGGACUUGAA